CCCGCUCCUUGUCCUGGAGAGUAUCCAACUCAUUGACAUCCUGCUGGAGGACACUGAAAAAGCGAGCAUCGGCAUCCAACGGGACGUCAACCCACUCGCCGUCACUGGUUUGUUGCUGGCGAUGGCUACACGGGGGCGCAGAGUCAUGUGUCAAGGCCGAUGGUCCAGGUUCUGUGCUGGCGGAAGAGGUGGGAGAUAGAGAUACUGGUGAUUCUGGCAGCGAGUCGACUUCUGUUUUCUGAUCCAGAGGUUGAGCACUUGUAGUGGCUGGACGCACAACCAGUUUGGGUCUCAGGAGCUGGGAGUCGUCCGACUCUAGGCGGUAUUCGGCGUUUCGCUCAGCUACCAGCUUUUGUAACGUGUCCGGAUCAUAGCCAUUGUUUAUCAGCUCCUCCCGCACCUUACCAAGGAUCUUUUUGAGCUGACGAUAGGGAACCGCCUUGUCUACCCAGUGUCUUGGAUAGGUCUCAGCCUCCAAGGCCUCCUUGAAGGCGUGGCCGAAUUUCAUCGUAAUGUUACCACUGACCUGGCUGGCUUAAAAUGUAACUGCGAGGAUGGCAUGUGCAUGGCGGGACAAGGCGCUCGGUAUGCUUCUCAGGGUGCCGAAUUUGCAGUCGCGGGUCAAGAUGGGGCGGGAGGGGAUUUAUAGGUAAUGUUGCUUCUCGGUGAAGGUGGUUCAAGACGAGGUGACAGACGGCCAGACCCAGCCAAAGCGCGGAAGCCAAGGAUAGGACACCUGGUAGUGGUUGCUUGGCCUCUCCCCUAGCCAAUUCCCCACGGUCAACGUGACAAAAUGGGUGGCGGUUGCAGUCUGUCAAGCAAGAGGUUUGUAAUGGCGCCUUUGAGCAGCGGCCAAACGUUCGGAGCGUUCAAGCUAGCGAAAAGAAGGAAUCAGACGGAACUGAGCGUGUUCAUCUCUCCUUUUCUCAACCCGUAAACAACCCUGAACCCUGAACCCCUCAACGCUCGUCCGACCUCGCCAUGUAUCCGUGAAAAGUCUAGAUGCACCGCUUAUUUUGUGGUGGGCAUUGAGACACAUCCCACUUUUCCCAAUCGGGAUUUCGUCGUCAUUUGGCCCUGUAGGUUUGUGGUGAUGGGUCAGCCCACCAGAAUGGUCUCCAUCAAGAUUUCCAACAGUAGCCCCGCCCCCGCCAUGACCCCACUAAAAUGUUGGCAGCAUGACAAGCAUAAACGUCUCUGGAAGGACCCUCGGACCCCUACUUCCCAGGAGCAUCGAACAUGCACAUGCUUCUUGAUUCAUCACUUUCUUCAGCGGACGUGUAGAACCCUGAGCACCCAACUAUCAAAACACCCUUUAUUGUACGAAUGGGAGCUGACCAAUCCACACCUCGGGGUGCCAGUCAUGCGGCCACCACCGUCACCCAGCAGAAAACAUGCUAUUAUGAAGUUCUAGGGGUUGAUCGUCAGGUGCCGGACGAAGAAAUUCGGAGGGCCUACAAGAAAAAGGCGUUGGAGCUGCAUCCCGAUCGCAACUACCACGAUACCGAGAACGCGACGCGGAAGUUUGCCGAGCUACAAACAGCAUACGAAAUACUAUCGGACCCCCAGGAACGAGCUUGGUACGACUCGCAUCGAGAUGCUAUCCUCAGGGGUGAUGACGAAGUGGCUGGGGGUGCGCCUGGCGGACAGGACCCCGGCAAUCACACCUCGGCGAAUGCUGUCUUUGCACUGAUGAGUCGAUUCAAUUCCAGCGUACCGAUGGAUGACAGCCCGCGUGGUUUCUUUGGGAUAUUGAACGUCUUCUUCGAACAGCUUGCCGCAGAAGAAGCUGCAGCCUGCGAGUGGGACGGAACCACCCCCACACACUACCCACCGUUUGGCAAAGCGGAAGACGACUACAACACUGUGGGCAAGUCGUUUUAUAAUGUGUGGUCAAGCUUCUCGACGAGGAAAUCCUUUCAGUGGAAGGAUGUGCACCAUCUUGCGCACGCACCAGACAGGAGGAUCCGUCGCUUGAUGGAAAAGGAGAACAAGAAGCUCCGCGAUGAGGGCAUCAGAGAAUUCAACGAUGCGGUCCUCUCUUUGGUUGCGUUUGUCAAGAAAAGAGAUCCCCGUUAUGUUCCCAACACACAGUCUGAGGCGGAACGGCAGCAGGUCCUUCGCAAUUCCGCGGCAGCCCAGGCGGCCCGGUCGCGAGCAGCGCACCAGGAAAAGAUGGCCGAGUACGUGGUGCCAGACUGGGCGCAGCCGAAAGAACGCCAAGACUACGAGGGCGAGUUUUCCAUGUCGGAAGAAGAGUCCGAGGUUGAGGAGAUCGAAUGCGUGGUGUGCAACAAGACGUUUAGGAGUGAGAAACAGUUCGAGGCUCACGAAAAGAGCAAGAAACAUAUCAAGGCAGUACAGCAGUUGAAAAGACAGAUGAGAAAGGAAAACAUGCACUUCGAUCUAAAUCCUCAAGAUUCACCAGGGGUAUCUACGCCGCAGUCUCCACAGCCAGAGCAGGACGCGCAAGUCAUCCAGAGAGAGAGGGACAUGACCAACACAGCACCGCUGGCCUCUGAGGACGGGAGGACCGGAGCAGAAAAGCAAGGGCCCGUCGAGCAGGAUAAUGAUCAAGAACAGAGCACACAGUCAUCGUCGAGUCCAGAAGAUGACGAGUAUGCACCACGUUCCACGGUGGAAGAGCGCAUUGUCAACGGGGCAGGAGCCACCAAGAAGGUGUCACAGCCACAAGCAGACGAUAGCGGAGACUUGGCAGAUUCUACAGCUGCGAGCGUUGCCAACCUCACACUCAGCGAACCGGCGCCAGGUAAAAAGGUUGGUAAGGCGAAACUGAAGCGAGAAAAGAAAGCAGCUCGGCAGGCAGAGUCACAAAUCCAGGAUUCGCUACAAUGUGUGGUAUGUAAAGAGGCAUUCACAAGCAAGAACAAGCUCUUCGACCACAUCAAAGAACUCAACCAUGCAGCUCCGGUCUCUGCCACGCCUGGUAAAUCUGCAAAACAGAAGAGAAAGAAAUAAUCACCAUCCCGGUGCGUAUAUCAGCUAGUGCUUUGCAUCAUCUAAUCGAGCAGAGUGUCCUCGAUUCUCAAACAUCAUAGCGGGGAGAAGGUUUUCUUGAGAGUCCCCUAACCUGGGCAUGCACACCGCGGCGUUGACAACGCCCCUUUCCCCAAAACUACUUGUUGCCAUAUCCCAAAAUAUUAC